CAUGUACGUGUACGCAUAUUUUUUCAUUUUUGAAUUCUCUUUAUUUACUUUCUCUUGUUGUUAUUCCAUUAGAGGAUGACACUGUUAAUGAGAAGAUAUUAUCAUACAACAGAGCUAAUCGUGCUGUAGCUGUACUCUGCAACCAUCAGAGAACAGCUCCAAAGACUUUUGAUACACAAAUGAGUAACCUCCAGGCAAAGAUAACAGCUAAAGAGGAAGCCAUUCUUGAUGCUAAAAAAGAAAUAAAGAAAAUGAAGAAAGAAUUGAAAGGAACUUCAGACUCUAAACUGCAGAAGAAACUAGAGAGUAAAGUGAAACAGCUUCCAAAGCUAGAGGAACAACUAAAGAAACUUGAAAUACAAGCCACUGAUAAGGAGGAGAAUAAGGAGAUAGCGUUAGGCACAUCUAAACUGAACUAUCUUGAUCCAAGGAUCAGUGUCAGUUGGUGUAAGAAGUGGGGUGUCCCUAUUGAGAAAGUGUACAACAGAACUCAGAGAGAGAAAUUUGCUUGGGCUAUCGAAAUGGCUGAUGAGACUUUUGUGUUCUAAGAAAAA